GGCGGAUCUAGGGUUAGGCAGCCUAGGCAAUUGCCUAAGCCUAGUUUUGUGAACUAGAAAAAAAAUUCUCUAUAGAUAGAAUAAUCUAUAAAAAAAACUAAAUUAUUUUUAUCAAUUUAUUUUUGGCAUCCGCCGAUUUCGACUAUGACGAUGCGCGGCGUGCGUGUUUUAUUUUACUCAAAUAAGCAAACCCGGGGCGAUCUUAGGCAAAAUGUCUAUUCGCCUAAAACGUCCGCGGGUUUUAAAGUUCCGAAUGAAUGAAAAUCACAGAUGGAAGAAAAAACGCCUAAAACGUCCGCGGGUUUUCAAGUUCCAAUGAAUGAAAUUCUGGAAUGUGAAGAAAAAACGCCUAAAACGUCCGUGGGUUUUAAAGUUUAAACGCCUAAAACGACCACGGGUACGGUUACAUGGAGUGGAUGUUUCUUUUUCAACAUGGUUUACCUGGAUCAGGUCCAAUUGCAGGGAGCACUUCAAAUGUCUAGAAUAUUAAAGCAAUUGUAUGCCACCUAAGUUAAAUAAAGAAGUUUUGAAUUUGGAAACCUUUUCAGAUAUUGAAAGGAUUGGAAAUGCUGGAGAGAAGUAUUUUGGCCACGUGUGCCGUGUUGUUGUCUCAAACCAAACCUUUAUCUUCCUCUGCAAGAGACAAUAAAUUCAGUAAUACUUGAAAUAUUUUAGUUUUAGCUGCUCCUGAAUUUUAGGCACUUUUGUGUCAAGAACUAUUCUUAAAAGUGGUAAACCACCAGAUGUUCUUACAAAACGUGUAAUUUAAAUCUUUUUCUUAUCAAAACAAAAGGUUUUAACUUGGCCUUGAUCAAAUGCAUUGUUUAUAAACAUAAAAGCCCAAUGCUAAACGAGAUAGCUAACUGAGGCAAUUUAUGUCAACACUGUCUUGGCGGUCGAGAGAUGUUUUGAUGUGUAUGUUAAAUUCGGUAUAGAGUAUUACUAGCUACCUGUAUGUGUAUUAGUUGGAAUUUUGUUAGUUUUUUUUCUUUAACGUCUUAAGGGUCACUGGCUUCGUGUAGGCUUUGUGUAGCCGUUUAUGCAACUGUGUAUCUUUGUUUCUGUUAGGGAGAGAAUACAUUCUUGUAAGAUAACUAAGGGACAGCUCUUUCAUGAACGCAAAAGUCCAAGCUAAAUGUUAAUAGAUCUGCAGAUCCCCUUUCCCUCCCCUAAACAUCAAAUCAGAAAAGGUAAUCUUUGAGUGUUGUCAGUCCUUGAAACCAUAAGCACUCGGCCAUGUGUCCCUGCUAAGCAGGUAGACACUAAAAGUUAUUAAUACUUUCUGUUCUCUAAGAAAUCGAUGUAUACAGUAUGAGAUAUAAUUAAACGGCAAAGGAUUCUACCUCGUCCCACCGCCAAAUUUAUACGCUUAGCAUAUACUUUUUUAUUGUGAUUGUCCCUAAGAACUUUGACUUUGUGGGAACUUUUAAACAGUGCAUUUUAUAUGCAACAUCCCACUGCUCAUUUUAAAACUUUUAAGAACACGAGAAGAUCUCUUUGACUUUCCCAUGUUACUUUUAAUUGUAAUAAAAUUGCUAAAAACAAAAGAAUGAAGCAAUACCUAAUCUAAGAAUAGUCCAAGUUUGUUUUAUAAUAUUUCUUAUUCUCAUCUUGCUGAGCAAUACAACGUAUAUAAUUUUGUUUUAGGAUAAGAUAUUUUGAUGUCACCCUGGUACCUAAGAUGAAUAUUCUUCUAACAACGAAAAUCACCAUCAAUUAAAAGAACACAGAUUUGUUAAUCCUUAUAAUAUUGGAAAACUGUAAACAAUGGAUAUAUAUCUGGUAUAAUCCACAAAGUUGUGUUUCAUAAGAGGAACUAAGAAGGUGAAAAAAAUCAAUCAAAAUAACUUGUAUUUUGAUGUCACCCUGGUACCUAUGAUGAAUAUUCAAGUAAAUAACACAGAAGAUUUGUUCUGAAUCCUUAUAAUAUUGGAAAACUGUAAACAAUAGAUAUAUAUCUGGUAUAAUCCACAAAGUUGUGUUUCAUAAGAGGAACUAAGAAGGUGAAAAAAAUCAAUCAAAAUAACUUGUAUUUUGAUGUCACCCUGGUACCUAUGAUGAAUAUUCAAGUAAAUAACACAGAAGAUUUGUUCUGAAUCCUUAUAAUAUUGGAAAACUGUAAACAAUAGAUAUAUAUCUGGUAUAAUCCACAAAGUUGUGUUUCAUAAGAGGAACUAAGAAGGUGAAAAAAAUCAAUCAAAAUAACUUGUAUUUUGAUGUCACCCUGGUACCUAUGAUGAAUAUUCAAGUAAAUAACACAGAAGAUUUGUUCUGAAUCCUUAUAAUAUUGGAAAACUGUAAACAAUGGAUAUAUAUCUGGUAUAAUCCACAAAGUUGGUGAAAAAAAUCAAUCAAAAUAACUUGUGAAUAUUCAAGUAAAUCAUAGAAAUGAUUUUCACGUAAAACAUAUACAGAUCGAAACAAGAAUUGCAUGUUAAAAAACGUUCUGUUACAGACUGUAAACUAACAAAUGUCAUGUCAACUUAUGGGUAUGAGUAGGAUUUGUAUAUAUGUUGCUUUUUAUAUGAGAAUCUUCAUAAUUGGCUUAUAGUUACUAAAACUUUCUUAAAGAUUUUACAGUAUUAAAAUAUUUUUUAAACAUAGUUGACAGGGACAUGUAAGGGUAAAUAAUAUGAGACAUGUUAAAUGUUUUGAUGUUAUUUUUCUAAUUUCUAACUCUUUUCUGGCUUAAUAAACUGCCUUUCUCUUGUGGGAAUUUCAUAGCAUUAAAAUUAAUGCUUAAUAGAAAUUGGUGCAAAACUACACCAGUAACCCUAAUGCUAAACUGUAUUAACUUCAUGAAGAGGUGAUUACUAUAUACUUUUUGUACACGUUUAUUAUAUGUUGCGAUCUUACACUGUAAGUCUAACUGGAAAUCUUUCAUUCUUUUAUAUGCUGGUUUUCUUUGUGCAUUUGCAGGUUCUUAACACAGACUAUAAUUUUCCAAACAAUAUUUCUACGUUGCACUACUGUUGACUAUCUAUUCCUAAAAUUGUCUUGUAAUGUAAUUUUUUGUUGUAUUGUUAGUUAUUAGACUUAUUGCAUGUUUUGAAAUGAAGCAAAUCCCCAACUUAUUACUUGUUCUCGUAUUAUGUGCGUAAAACGAAAAAAGAUGCUAAGAUACUUAAUACCAGUAUGUGAUUCAAAGAAAUUAUGGAAACGCUAACCCUGUUUCAAAUCGAAUUUGCUAACCGGACGCAUUUUCCAUCCGCAUGUUUUAACAAGGAUAAAGUGGUAAAACUACGGGGGUUACUGUUAUUUGUUUGGCUAUAAAGAAACUUUCGUUUCUAAUCUAGAAGGAUUCUUAAUAACUAAAAACCUUACUUUUGGGAAAAUUUUAGUUCCUUUUACAGCAAAAACACAAAACGGCCGAUUUACCUCGUACAACACCACAACCCUUGACAUUACUUUGCCAAAAAAUCUAUGAAAUUUUGCCUAACCAAAAAAAAUUCCUAGAUCCGCCCCUGAUGAUGAUAUACAUUAUCUCCAGAAACGAUAACCUGGAUUAGCAUUACCUCGCUCACAUUGUUGAGCAGCAGUGGCUAACAAAGACAAUAAAGUAGCUAACCUUGAUAACUCUGUCAUGAUGGCGAACUUUUUUAUUAAGUUCAUAAUGUUUUCAGGAAUGUUCAACAUAGUAUCAUCGCUUCCAAUAUCCGAUUUCUUUCCCUUUGGAACAACAGCAAGCGAUGUUGUAAUAAUUGACAAAGAAAACAACACACGACUUUUACGUCAAGACGAUGCUGUUCUGCCAAUAACAACACCUCAUAUUCCAUUUUUUAACCGAAUUAAUAAUGUUGACGUGCAGAUUUCCACAAAUGGUUACGUUGCGUUUGGAAAAACAAUAUACAACAGAUUUGUUUCGUUAGAUUUCCCUUUUACCGGUGUUGCCAUGAUAGCACCCUUUUGGACUGACCUCGAGUUUAUAAAAACGUCUGCAAAGUUUUACUAUCAGAUACAUACAGAAGGAAGAGUUUUGGUGAAAGCUUCACAAGAGAUCUUGCGAAAAAAAGGAGUAGCGUUUCAACCAAAUUUCGUGCUUGUUGUUACAUGGUUUAAAACGAACAUUUACCAGAACAGUGCAGCGACAGUAACGGUCCAGCUUGCAUUAGCUUGUGAUGCUACAGAAACGUUUAUUUUCUUUCUUUACAAUCAAUUAGAGAAUUUGUCGAAAAUAACAUCGUUUGGUUGGAAUGAUGGAAACAGCACACAGGCGAACUUUUUCAAACAUCCUUUGCAUCGCAUGGCAAAUGUGAGCAAGCUAGUAACCACAUCAAAUGUGGGUGUAAAUGGAGAAUGGAUAUAUAGAAUAGGAAAACCAGGAGGUAUUUUUCCAAGAAUUCGUCGCAAGCCUACAAUGGAAGUGACGGCGCAAAAUAAUCGCUUAGUUUUCAACUGCAGUCUUAGCAAAGAUGUGCUUGAUCCAAGAGGUGUGUAUGAGAUCACGUGGUACAACGGCGAUAAAAAGAUUAACAAGACUGACAUUUUUUUGAAUGGCUCAAGAACAUCUUUGUUGAUGAAUGAGAACAUGUUUCAAAGUUUAUAUCAACUUGGGGUAGAGAUCUCAUGCAAAGUUCGAACAUGGUAUACAAACACGUCAAACAUAAAAAGCCCUUUCCAUGAAAGCAACGUAUACUUUGCUGGGAUUAAGGUUGAACCACGACAAGUCGUAGUUACUGAAGGUUCAGAAGCUGCGAAAGUAAAUGUAACUAACACUGUUCCCAUCGUAUGUAAUAAUGGUAGCACAAACUGUGAAGUGACCAUCUCUUUUCCAUACCAGAGAUCUGAUAUCCUGCUCAGCACCUGUAUGCUGUCAUUUAAACCAAAUUCAUCGAGUAUGCAAGAACUAGUUAUACAUCCUAUUCAAGAUUUUAUUGAUGAUGGUCAGACUACCGUUACAAUCACACCAGUUGUUAAUCAAUCUGUAAACAUGUUUGAUUGGCUUAACUAUUCACCAUCUCCUCCAAUCAUAGUUACAACAACUAACGUGGCAACGGCUUUAUGUUCGUCUUCAGGCGAUCCAUAUAUUUCCACGUUUGAUAACACCUGGUAUGCCUUCUUCAAUAUUGGGGACUUCGUGUUAGCACAAAGUGUUAAAAAUAAUUUCAAGAUCCAUAUAAGAACGUUUGACUGUUUACAAGGUGUGACAUGUAACUGUGCUGUUGCAGCCCAAGAAAAAGAUGAUAUUGUUGCAAUUGAUAUGUGCAAUUCUGUUGCACCCAAAUUUAGAUUUCCCACUGAGCAUCCUCCGUCUCCAGGAACAACUUUAAAGGAAAUAAAUCCGUCUAAAUUUCAGAUUGAAUUUCCUUCCGGAGCUUCAAUUACUUUCCAAGUCCAUCGGAGAUCAAGCCGUCUAUCUUUUGCCAAUAUAUACGUUCAAAUUCCAUCUAUAUAUCACCAAAAGACUGAAGGGUUGUGUGGAAUAUUUGAUGGAAACCGCUUUAAUGAUAUGACAUCAAAGGAAGGAACUGUGUAUCAACAGACAAAUCCAGCCAGCUCCAUUUUCGUAAAUAGCUGGAAGCUACGGAAUAGAAGCAGUUUAUUCUUCACAAGAAGCGAAAACAAGAGCUGUAAACGACUGGUGCAAUACAAUACCACCAGUGUAUGCAGCUGUCUUUUAACAGGUGGUGUAGUGAGCCGUAGAUGUGGCAUUGAAACAUUUGCUGUGAGACCAACAUUCGCAUCAGCAAUAAACUUUAAAACUAUUUUUCCUGCAGCGUUCGCACAUUGUAGCAAUCAAUCUCUAUCAAAUACCAUCAUUGUUCCUGACGAAGAUGACAACACCAUAUAUGAGUAUGAUCCACCAGAUCAGAACUUUGUACCUAAAACAUGGCCAACACCCACUGGAAAAACGCAAGCUCAAGUUGAAGCAUUUUGUGAUAACGCAAUUUUAAAUUCAACAUCAGGACAAGCGUGCUCACUGACACUCGGAGAUAGUUUUGGCAUCGCCACAUUUCGUCGUGAAUGUAUAUCAGACAUCCUGAUAUCAGAUUCUUAUGACUACAUCCAAUCCAUCAUCGAUGCAAUGACAACAUCGUGUACAGAGACUGUUUUAAGAGGUAUCAAUGAAUAUUGGGACAUGGACAAUAACGGAACAUUGACACCGCCAGCCACUAUUUCCAACAGCAUAUGUCCAAAUGAUUGCAACGGGAAGGGACAAUGUGUUAAUAGUACUUGUUCAUGCAAUGUUGGAUUUGAAGGAGCAGACUGUUCUGUAAACAAAAAUACACCUCUAAGUGUGGUUUCUAGUGUAGAACUAUGUGAUGGAAGAACUAAACGUUGCUUGACAGUUAGUAUUGAGGGCAGCAAUAUUAAACCAUCCAGUCCUGUAUUCUGCAUAUUUACACCAAAGGUAAAAUGGAUAUAUUUCAAUAAAAGGGUUUGUGAUCCUUCAAGAGGUACCGGAAGACCUUACAAUACAUUCUAUAUACAACUCUCUAACGGGACGCAUGCCAGUGCUGAGAAUAAGACAUUUGUUAUUUACGAUUCCAAGUGUAUUCAAUGUAAUUCGACCUCUGCUGUUUGUCAAGUAAAGAGUUUAACGUGCAAAAUCAAUGGAUAUUGUUUUGCGGAAGGUGAAUCUAAUCCAAUGCAUUCUUCUGCACGAUGUGUACCUUUAGUCAGUCAGCAUAAUUUUACAACAACAAAUGCGAUCAGCUGCUCUAAUGCUGACAUAUCCUAUGUAGUUGUAAUGGAUUCGUCCAGCAGUGUUAGAACAUUAUUCCCAGAAGAAUGGGGUCAACAGAAAACAUUUGUUAAGAAUUUUGCUGCACAGCUUGGUCUUAGAACGAAUUCACGAAUCAGAGUCGGUGUCGUCAAUUAUGGUAGCAAAGCUAACAUUGUUGCUACUUGUGGCUCAUUGAAACCAGCAAUUUGAUCAAUUUCAAUGCUUUAAUUGAUGGUUUACCUCGACAACUUGGUGGUACUGCCAUUAAUGCUGCUUUGCUUAAAGCUCGUGAGAUAUACACUGGUGCUGGAUGUAAGCGUCAGGGUGAAAUAAAGGUUGUCCUUCUUCUUACUGAUGGGCACGAGAAUAUCGAAUUUAAUAACGCUGUCCGUGUAAGCACAGAAAAUUUAGUGCGCAGUGAAGCGUUGAUAUAUGUUGGUGCAAUUGGUCAAGAUGUGAGGUUACCUGAACUUGCUCGUGUAACCGGGAAUUCCUCUCUGAUUUUUGCUGCCAGUAAUUUUUUAGAAUUA